AUGACGAGCUGGGAACCGGCCCCGAAGAAGGCUCGACCAGUGGCGAAGCGGCCGGCGAAGCGGCCCUCAACAGAGGCGGAGGAGCGACCGACGGUGAGGCGGCCAACGACAGACGCCGAGGAGCGAGAAGCCGAGGAGAGCGGGUCGCGGAGUGGCGGCGGCGGAUCGCGCUGGAGGCAGCGAAGGAGGCGCUGCGGCAGUGUGUGUGCUGAAGAGGUUUGCGGCCGAAUUGCGAGAGAAGGAGUGGCAGAGGGCCGAGGAGAAGAGCCGCGAGGAAGAGGCGAGGCGGAGCGCAGAGGAGGAGGAGGGUCUGUGGCAGCCUUCCCCUCCGACGCCGGAGCCCGAGAGCCGAGGCCAGGCCACGCCGGACGAGGAGGAGGAGGAGCUGUGGCAGCGACGGCCACGGACCGAGGAAGAGCCUAG